AUGCAAUUUACUUGGAACCAAAAACCAAAGCAUGGUGUGGGUAUUCUAAAGAAGAUUGAUCGUGUAUUGGGCAACAUUCAGUUUUUAGAUGCUUAUCCAGAUGCCUUUGUGUUAUUUCACCCGUUCCGAGUUUCUGAUCACACGCCUUGUAUUGUUAAUUUCCAUACGAUAAAGCAUAAUAGGCCUAAACCUUUUAAAUUUGCCAAUUUCUUGGUGAAGAAAGAGGGUUUUGUGAACUGUGUUUCGGAUGAAUGGGCUAAGGAGGUGCAAGGUGUGACUAUGUUUUCGGUCGUCAAGAAGCUUUCUUUCUUGAAGUCCCCGUUGAGACGCCUUCUUUUCAAGCAAGGUAACUUGCAUGAACGAGUCAAGUUGUUGAGAACUAAGCUGGAUGAUAUUCAUAUGGCUAUUGAUGCUAAUCCCUCGGAUACGACUCUUAGAGAUUCUGAAUCUAAAUGUCUUCAAGAGUUUCAAGCCGCUUCAUAUGAUGAAGAAUGUUUCCUCAAACAGAAAGCUAAAGCGGAUUGGUUGGCUGCGGGUGAUUCGAACACUAAAUACUUCCAUAACUGUGUCAAAAUGAGAAAUGCUUGUUCGAAGAUGCAUGGAACCCAAUUUAUUGGUGAUAGUGUGUAUGGGGUUCUGGUCUCUCAUUAUUCGGCUUUCUUGGGUAUGGAGGAUCAGGUGGAUUCGUUACCUAGUAAUGUUGCCUUCCCUAAUGUUCUAGACCAAGUUGCGGCUAGUAACAUGGUUCGCCAAGUAACUCGUGAGGAGGUUAAAAAUGCUAUGUUCUCUAUUGGUGAAAAUAAGGCUCCGGGUCCGGAUGGGUACACUUCGGCGUUUUUUAAAAACUCUUGGGAAAUUGUGGGGGAUGAGGUUACUAAAGCCAUCUUGGAGUUCUUUGAUAAUGGUAAGUUAUUGCAGCAAAUUAACCAUACGAUAAUUGCUCUUGUCCCGAAAGUCCCUACCCCUAACUCUGUGGUUGAUUACCGGCCGAUUUCGUGUUGCAAUGUGAUUUUGUAA